UGAUCAACCGAAUGUGCUGGGGUGGUACCCUGAAAGGAAAAGAAGGGUUGUGUUUUGUUGCGAUAUAUGUGACUUUAAGUUAAAUUGUAUUUGGAAAUAACCUGAAGAAAAGUUAUAAAGUAAGGAACAAAAAGUUGCAAGUAUGGGUGAGCCACAGCAGGUCAGCGCCCUUCCCCUGCCGCCGAUGCAGUACAUCAAGGAAUAUACAGAGGAGAAUGUUCGCAAGGGCCUUGCGCCUCCGCCCCCUGCUCCUGUCAAGGACAGCUACAUGAUGUUUGGCAACCAGUUUCAGUGUGACGAGCUUAUUAUCCGCCCCUUAGAGAGCCAAGGCAUUGAGCGUCUUUACCCUUUGCAGUUUGAUCACAAGAAAGAACUGAAGAAACUGAACAUGUCAAUCCUUGUCAACUUUCUGGACCUCUUAGACAUCCUUAUUAAAAGCCCAGGAAGCAUCAAAAGAGAAGAGAAGCUGGAAGAUCUCAAGCUGCUCUUUGUGCACAUGCAUCAUCUCAUAAAUGAGUACCGGCCUCACCAAGCCAGAGAGACGUUGCGGGUCAUGAUGGAGGUACAGAAACGACAGCGGCGAGAAACGGCGGAACGCUUCCAGAAGCAUUUAGAAAGGGUGCUGGAAAUGAUCCAAGGCUGUCUAGCGUCUCUUCCAGAUGACUUGCCCCAGUUGGAGGGUGCAGCCGGGGGAGCCGUGAAACUGAAAAGCAAACCCAUGGAUGUGGAUGAGGUGAUUGAACAGAUGGACAAAGAGAAGGAAACGGUCUCCACAAAAAAGGAUCAACUUUGUGACAAAGAUGCAGCAAUGUGUAGCAUCAUUGAUGAGAUGACAUAACUGCAUGUGAAUAGUUCUGUGCUCUUAAGCUAGUCUGUAAAAACAAUCUCUUCCCAUGCAAUUCAAAAGGGAAAUACUUUACGUUUCCAUCAACGGAUUUCUUUAAAAAAAAAAAAAAAACUUUACUGUCAGUUAAAGGACAUUUAAAACUGACAUUAUGUGAGAAGAAAGAGGGAGGAAAGUUAGUGUUGUGCAGAUAAACAGCAGUUUUUCUUUGGAGCAUAGACCAUUCAGUUAAAAUGCUGUUCCCUUGAAGUUCAGUAGAAAGUCAGAAUUGUUUUUACAAACCUUGAUUAGCACAAAUCUGGAACUACCUUACCUUUAACAUUAGGCAGUCCAAUAUAUGUGUAGUCCCGCCAGUGACCAUGAGAGAUGAUCGAUGACAAAUGUGUCAACAAUUCUGCAUAUAAAUCAAGGUUUGGCUUAGACUAGAUUUUCCACAUGAGGCCAUACAAAUGGUAACUGUGGAAAAAACGGCCCUUGAACUACCUUACCUUUGACAUUAGGCAGUCCAAGAUUUGUGCUAAUGUGUCAAGUACCAAAAACAGUAGCUAAACUUGUACUGGCAUUUGAAUUGUGGGGUUCCCAUCAGUCAAGCAUAGCAAAUAAUGUUCUAUUCUCUUUGCACUGCAUGGCAUAAAGAAACUGUUCACUAGAACUAGGCCCUCAUGAGCUUUUCCAGGUCGUCAAUAGCAUGUUAUAUGCUGUAGGUAAAUUGUGUUCCCUCAAUUAGCAGCAUAUUCAAAACCCAGCACACAAAUAUAUGCAGAGGCCUUUUUGUAUCAGUAUGUUUGGAGGCAGUGGUUGUGGAUUUUAGACAAUAAUAAAAUAAAAACUAAAAAUGUUAAUGUGUUGGCACCCUACAGUUUUGUUUUUUGUUUUUGCAAGUAGGAAAAACAAUUCAAGACUUGCCUCUUGGGGAAUACAGCUUUAAAUAGUGUUAAGGGGUUUUCUUUCUCAAAUGUAACAUAUAUUUAAUGAAAAAAUAACACAAUUUUUAAAUUUCACUGUGUGUCUAAAAGUCAAAAACAGAACCUUAUAAACCAAAAUGCAUCUUUCUAUUUUUCAAGCAGUCAGCAGGAUGCUAUGUAAUGGUAAGGUAAGGCAGAGAAUGUGUUCAGUCGACUAUGCUAUGGCUGUUUUCUGACCUUAAACUUUAUUUCAGAACCACAAAUGUAUUUAGUUUUCAGUACCAUUUGUGUAAAGGACAAUUUUUCUACAACCAGGAAUCGCUAUAUAAAAAAAUAAAAUAAAAAAUUUAUUUUCUUCCAGAAAAGUUUUUAUGAAAAAUCAGUUGUUUAGACAUUUCAGAAGUCUUGUUUUUUGUGUAUAUAAACUAUUCUAUGUUUGUGUGUUUUUUCUGUUAUCAAAUUUGUUUAAUAAAACGCGUGAAAUUCAAUGUAUAGUGUUUAUUAGGAUUACUAAUUGCCUUGAGGAAUGUUUGCAUCUUAAACAUAACAUUAAAAAAAAACUACAGGAAUGCACAAUACUUUUUCUACCCCCAACAACAGUUCAAAGUGGCAUACUGACUCAGUACUUCAGACAACCAACUG